AUGUUCACACCUCGACAAGUCGCCAAAACAUUCGUAGCAACUGAGCAAAGCGAAGGCGUCGGUGCUCGUGUAUAUCGAUCCGUCGGUUCAGUUCAGCUGCCCAAACUCGAUCCGUUUCUUGUACUGGAUGAAGCAUUCUAUGGGCUUCCAGGAGGCUUCCCUGACCACCCUCACCGUGGAUUUGAGACGGUAUCAUACGUCUUGCCAUCGUCCAAAGGCAAGUCGCACCAUGAAGACUUUUUAGGCACCGAAGGUGAGCUGGGCCCUGGCGAUCUGCAAUGGAUGACUGCUGGACGAGGAAUUGUGCACUCAGAAAUGCCGAAGAAUGGGGACCGCGUCCACGGUCUCCAACUUUGGGUUAACCUCCCAAAGCAGCGCAAAAUGGUCGAGCCCCGCUACCAAGAAGUGCCCUCCGAGUCUGUGCCCCACGCUUUCAAUGAGGAUAAAAGUGUCGAGGCAUUGGUAUUUGCAGGCGAAGUGUUUGGCCAGCGCGGUCCAAUCGAAACUGAAGCUACUGUCACAUACGUCCACUUCAUUCUAAACUCCGGCGCGAAGCUGGAGUACCCUGUUUCUUCGACCCACAACGCUCUAGUCUACGCGAUUGGCGGUAAAGGUCGGUGUCUUGAUAACACAAUUGAGCCUCAUCAAGCCAUCGUAAUGGAGCUAGGCGGAGAUGGAGUGUUAUUGACAGCGGCCGAUAACGACAAACUUGAGGUGAUCGUGAUGACAGGUGAACCUCUUAACGAACCAGUGGUACAGGAUGGCCUGUUCGUCAUGAGUUCCAACGAGGAAAUCCGCCAAACUUUUGAGGACUUCCGUCUCGCACAGAAUGGUUUUGAAAAUGCACGUACCUGGAAGUCGAAGCAUGGUUUCAAGCGAGAUUUCCAAAUGCCCUGA